CUGAAAACACACAAAGCAAAGAGAGCAGAAACGUAAGCGAGCUAGGGUUUGAAAAUGGCGUUGUGCGGGCGCAUCAGAUCUUCCGGCCUUCCUCUUCUCCAGAAGUUUCUGAAAUCCGAUUUGAUCUCAGCUCAUGGAUCGGGCGUUCAACGAUCCCUCCUUUGUCCUGCUCUCAGUUCUUCCGAGUUCUCGAGGAAUUAUGCCACUGCAUCAGUAGCAAAGGAAGGGAAAAUUAAGGUACCUCUGGUUUUGUUUGGGGGAGCUGGAAACUAUGCCUCUGCCUUGUACAUUGCAGCAGUAAAAGCUAAUGCAUUGGACACUGUUGAGUCUGAGAUUCUUGACUUUCUUGAAGCUUCAAAGAGAAGUGAUAAUUUUUCUCAGUUCAUGAAGAACUUGUCAGUGUCUAGGGGUGUAAGAGUGAAGGCUUUAACUGCAAUUUGUUCUGAAACUAAAUUCUCAGAUGUCACAAAGAACUUCUUGGUUGUUUUGGCUGAGACUGGAAGACUAAGGAAUUUGGAAAGUAUAGCCAAGAAAUUUUUGGAUUUGACCAUGGCACACAAGGGAGAAGUUAGAGCUGUUGUUACAACUGUAAUUCCCCUUCCAACAGAAGAGGAGAAGGAACUGAAGGAGACACUGCAGGAUAUAAUUGGCCACGGGAAGAAGGUGAAGCUUGAGCAGAAGAUCGAUCCCAGUAUUCUUGGUGGGCUCGUCGUGGAGUUCAGCCAGAAGGUGUUCGAUAUGUCCAUAAAGACCAGAUCACAACAGAUGGAGAGGUUCCUGCGUGACCCCAUCAGCUUCGGUAAUCCCUAAAAGCUGUCUCGCCUCGUCCAAGGGCCCCCUCUCCCCCCUCUCCUUUCAGGUUUUUUCUUGUGCCGUCGAUACUCGACUCUUGAAGAAAGGAAAAACAAGUUCCUAUGUUUCUUGUUUGGUUUAGGUUGGCCCAGAUGAUGGGAUUCAUCUCUUCACAAAUAAAAUCAACCUUCUGUUCGCAUUGUUCAGACAAACCUUGAUCAGAUACACAUCUCCUAUUUUUGCUCGAGUUUCUGUGGAUACUUUUCACUUUCAAGGUCAUAAUUUGUUGAAGUAUUGAUUCCGUAUUUGCUUUA